GCUCCGAGGCGCAGGCUUCGACUUUGGAGGCAUGUGGAGCGCACUUGCCAUGCUGAUCUCGCUACACCCUUGUGCAAGGGAAGUGCAAGGACUGGGGUACCGUUCCCGGACCUGCCAGGAUGAGGCCAUGUGCUGGAGUGCUCCUGGCCCAUCGAGGAUGGCGAUUGCUUGACCGCUGCGUGAGGCAGUUGCCGAUUACAAUCCGCUCCUUUCCCACAACAUCCGUGGCGACUCCUCCACAUUGCAUCGCAAAAGACGGAGUCACGAACAACGGGAUGGGGGCAGUGCAUCAACAAAUGGACAUCUCUUCUUCUCCCCGACCGCCCUUCAUCGACCUCCCUCAAUCAAUCAGCCCCCAACACACUCGUUCGUCUGUUCGUUCCCACACUCUCUCACGCUCAUUGCAAUCACCACCAUUCCAACUCUUGAUAUCUCGCCGUCGCCCACGUUGCUCCACCGACUUCCAGUCACUUCGUCGGCACACGUCGGCCCCUCAUCCCGAAUCACCACCCUCCACCUGUUCCCGAUUCCUCCCCUUGCCCUCUUCACAUCUCGACAUGGCUGGUGAGCAAGUGACUCGUCGAGUCUACUCUGCCGAGCAACUUUACCGCCUGCGUGUCUCCUGCUCUCAACCCAAACUCCGCGAAGCAAUUGAGGACAACGAUGGUGAAGAUGCGGAGCUGGUCAAAGAGCACGUCCUGCGCGGCUCCAAAUCCUUCGCCGCCCGUUCAUUCCGCUCCCGCACCUCCGGCAACUCCCUCCGCGUCCCGUCGAACAAAGAGAAUUACUCCACCACCGAUGCGGAGAACAGCACUCACUCCUCUGCUCAUGCCUCUGGCCACGACUUUCCCAUUCCGGGUCCGGUGCUGGGCGAGAUUGCAAACAACGGCCAACUCUAUCGCCGCGGCGUCUACUCCAUCCGUCCAUCGCCGACACCCUCACUGAAGAAGAAAAAGGCAGAAGCCAUUGUCAAAGCUCAUGGCUCCCCGCAACACGUCCGCGUCACUGCCGGCGGUCGCAUCGUUCCAAGUGAGCAGUCCCCUCUCUGCCAUCCUCGCUACGGCUACAGCGCCAUCAAGGCCAACGGCGGCCUCGUCAAGUUCGCACCCAACCACCCUCUGGGCAAGACUCAAUGGACCCAAGCCACUCAGAAUGGGUUCAUUGCCGAAGAUGCCAACGGAGUGUUGUGUCAGAUUGUCAACGGCACGAUUCUCCCUCUCAAUGAGAUUGACGGGGCCUUGAGACUGUACAUUCCCGCUCCCAAUCUCAACAUCUCUCCCCGCGGCACACCUUUCGACCCCGCCAACCCCGGCAGUCUCGGGGACAACGGCGAUCAGAAACGCACAUCCUCACUCAGCAAGACCGUCAAUCCCGCUGACCCGCCCUUGGCUACGCAAACCAACGCGUUGGAGCUGGAGUAUUCCAAACACGAGCACGAGCUCCGGGAGCUGGACAAGACCGAAGUCCUGCAUGGACGCACCAUGGGCAAAGCGGCGAGAGAUGCGCUGAUCAGCAAGCGUCGUGAGCUCAUCCUCACUCUUGACAACAUUCGCAAAGCCAUCAAGAGCAUCAAGAGCAUGCCGAUGAUGCCUGAACCUGCGACAGCUCCCCGUCUUGCGUCACAUCAGCGAGCCAUGUCGACUUCGCGCCCUCGCGGACCGGGCUUCUUCCCCAAUCGUCACAUGCAGAGCGCAGACGCUGUCGAGGUGCCAUCCGUUGCACCCUACGGAUCCUUCUUCGGCAUGGUCCCACCGCCCCAGUCCUUUGGUGCUGCGUACGGCUACCAGACAGGUCCGGGGAAUGACGCAAACUACAAUCCAUCCUUUGCUGCACCUCUCUUUGUGCCGCCUCCCUCUUUGGAUGGGUCCAUCCCACCGCCGUUCUUGUCAUACCAAGAGCUUGCCGGCAUGAAAGCCAAAGAGGCUGCAGAAGCUCCCAAGCCCGCUGAGUCCGAUCGUGCUGCACAUCUCUCCCAGACCGAUGGCGCUGGUUCAAUCGCCGACAUCCGCAAGGUGACAUCUCCGGCCCGUUCCCACGCUGUCGACAUCAAGGCACCGGACGCCAAGUCCGCCACGAUGCUGAAGUCGAACCUCAACCCCAUGAGUCCGGCGUACAAACCAGGCAAUGGGGUGUUGCAAAUGCUUGGCAAUGGCAGCACAUCGCAGUCCAGAUCUGUUGUCAACCGUGCACCGUCCAUUUCGCCGGCACAUCAGCUCAAGCCGGCUACGACAGCCACGACCAAGCCUUCGGAUGAGACCAUCAGUCCUACCAAGAAGAGCCCGCAUCUUCACAGCUCGAGUGUGUCCAGCUUUGAGACUGCAGACUUCUUUCCGCGCAACACGCGUGAAUAUUCGACUCGGAAGUACGCGUACCCCGAGACUACACAGCAGUCGGAAGACAAGGAGAACAUUGGUCCGGAGCAUUCAGUCCCGGCUGCGAAGGACUCUCCACGUUUCAAGAUCCAUGAUUCUCGUACUGGCUCGUCUGCCAUGCAUGCGAGUAGUGAGAAGUCCGGCAUCCGAGUCGGGCAGAGCUCAUCCCAGAGCAGCGGACCAGACUUCAGCGUUGUCAGCGUCCCUGAUCGUCAUGCCCACAAUGUCAGUCCGAAGAACAGACGUCAGCAUCACCUUUCCGUCACAGAUGGCGCCAGCGAGCUACCCAGCCUUCCUCCUUCAUCACCAGAGAAGCCUCAGUCCUCUCGCUCACGACAAUCCGUCGACAAAACACAAUCCAACAAGAUUGAUUUCUCCGACGCCUCCAUCGAUUGGAUCCAAGGCUUCCGCGCGGGCUUUUCACGUCAAGCCAUCGAUGCCGACCGCGUGGGCGACUUUCUCGACGGCUACUGCGCUGGCCUGAUAAAAUCAAAGCCCGCGAAACAUCUCGACUCCACGGCAACCGGGAGUCCAGUCAAGUCCGACACAUGUCGUCCGAGUCCUGCGGUGCUUCAAUCGUCGAGCCGUGUUCAACAAGAGUCACUGCCAGCUCUGUCGCCCUUUGAAAGCAACUUGCAUUCCAUGGACACAUUGAAAGAAGCCAUCAUUUCUCCCGCCAAUGAGAACCCUCUCCUCUCGCCGGCCGUUGACGGUCCCCACGCCAAUGAGCCGCCGUUCAAUCUAGGUGCGUGGGCGAAGAGGCAAGAUCGUGUUGCUGCCGCGGAAGUGCUCUCACGCACAUCAGGCGAUGGUCUCGCGGGCUUUCCAUUCCCUCAUCGUACGGCUUCUGUUGCCGAGCGGCAGGGCAUCAUGUCGGAGUCAAACGUCUUGCACAAUCCUCACGUCCGCCGUGCAGAGAUCAUGUCGGAGGGUGUCUUCGCCGGGCCGUCUGACGGCGUGCCUCGUUUGGUUCCUACCGCCAUGCCCGGUCAGCAGACCCAGCCAAACAACCGCAUUGCCAGCAUCACCAGCCUCGACUCGCAUCUCUACUCUGCCUGGCCCGGUGCUCGCGUCUUCAGCAAUCAACUCGAGUGGAAGUCUGCUUCUUCCGUGGCUCAAGCUGCUGGGCUCACUGCAAGCGGCCAUUUCUCCACCAGCAACCACCAUGAAGGUAAAGCUUUCGACACCCCCUCUUUCAAGAAAGCGUUGUAUAUACUCGCAAUGCUUACCGCUCUUCCAUUUCUACACAGGUCAUCGUCCAGUCUCCAUCAUGAGCGCCAAUCCUAUCAUGCAGAGCCACAGCCGGUUCAAAGAGGGAUCUCUGGAUGGUAUCACGAACCCCCCCAACUCCCCUCAGCCACCCCCCGAGUCCGACUCAGGUUCUCCGACGAUCUCUUUGACUCCGCAUCGUCCCAAGAUGACGGGUAGCAGUCCCAGCAAGACGAAGAAGUCGGCCCACUCGUCUCCGGCGAAAGGCAUCUCGCCGACCAAGCUGGCAGAGAGGGUUGGCAUCCUCAAAUCCUCGUCUCCCGGUGGCGGCGGCAAGAAAGAUCGCUCGCCCGGCAGUUCUCCCUCUGGUGCUACUGGGGUGCUGGGCAAGCGUGGAGGCUGGCGUGAUGUUUGGCGCACCUCGGCGGUCAAGAAGGAUGGUGGGAAGGAUGAGUGAUGGUGCUUCAUGCGUCAGCACUUGAGUCGACACAACCUGCAUGCACGGUAUGGCAUUACUCGACGACAU